CCUAAUUUGAAACUAAAAAGGUUAAAUCUUGAACAGCCACUCUCUCGCUUUCUACUUCAAUUUUCAUCAAUUACGCAAUGGCGACCGAAAUCCUCCAAAUCGGAGACGUCGACGUCGACGACGACGAACUCACCAUCCUUUACUCGACGCCGCCGUCGUUAAUCAAGUCCGGCGCAACGAAAUCGGACGCAAUCUCCGUCGAAACCUACCGCCCCACUUCCAAAAUCAUAAUUGACCUCGACGACGUCGUCGAAGUCCCGGCCUCCUCCUUCACCAAGCGCAAUAAGAGCCGCUUCUACAGAGGCGAAUCGUCCAACUCCAAGCCCCGCCGCCUCUCCUUCUCCUGCGAAAUCUGCGCCUGCGAGAAGCCGAUCAGCGACUCGUUCCGCAUCCUCGGCUGCGACCACUCCUACUGCACGCAAUGCGUCUCCAAUUACGUCGCGGCGCGCCUGCAGGAAAGCAUCACGUCGAUCGGCUGCCCCGUCCCCGGGUGCGCGGGAUUCCUGGAGCCGCAGCACUGCCGCACGAUUCUGCCGCGGGAGGUCUUCGAUCGGUGGGGAGACGCGCUGUGCGAGGCCCUGAUUUUGGGGGCGGAGAGGUUUUAUUGUCCGUACAAGGAGUGCUCGGCUCUGCUAAUUAACGAUGGGAGUGAGAAUGUAGUGCAAUCGGAGUGCCCUGAGUGCCGGCGGUUAUUCUGUGCGCCGUGCAAGGCGGCGUGGCACGACGGAAUUGAAUGCGGUGAGUUUCAGAGGCUGAAGAAGGAUGAGAGAAGCAAUGAGGAUUUGAAGCUUAUGAAACUUGCAAAGGAUAGUAAGUGGAUUCGGUGCCCUAGCUGCCGAAUUUAUGUCUCCAAGUCUGAAGGUUGCUUAUACAUGCGAUGCAGGUGUGGAAUGACUUUUUGUUACAACUGUGGAGCUAAGAUGGAUGUACAUCUUCACUACUGCACAAAAUGCAAGCACUGAGAUUGGUUGAUUUGGUUUUGAUUAGUAAGUAAGUAGUAAGCCUAUUUCUUUUUUAUAGGCAAUGUGAUGUGCAUAUUUUCAUGGGUGGAGGCUUGGGCUCUGUGUUAAAGACAUGAGACCAUAUUUUGCUUUUCAGUAAAUUUUCAUUAUUCUAGUUUAGCUUCCAUGGCUAAUGAUAUGGUUGCCAUCAAUACCAUAAUCCACAUCAAAAUAUUUCUUUA